AUGCCGAGUCCCGUGAGCGAGGGAGUGAUUGCACCUGAAACGCAACAUCAAUUGUACAAAUCAUCAAAUACCGACGGCAACUUUCCAACUUCUGAUCCAUGGCAAUUUGUCACUUCCGGAUACCGUGUGCAACAACCCGGGGAGGUGUAUCCGUACGCAUUUUCCAAUCAGCAGCUCACCUCAUUUGAUCAUGGUCGAUCACAUUUCAGCGCACCUGAUUCUUCUGGUCCAUAUGCAUUUGGACUUGGUUCACAUAAACUCGUAAAGGAACCAAAUGUAGCUGCUACUUAUAGGCCCCAACUCACAAACCUUCCACAUGUACAAGCGGCAAUGCCAGCGUCAAUUCACAACAGCGACCCUCAUGGUCCG